AUGGUAUCAUCGACAUAUUGCAAUAGAUUUAUUUUCACCUCCUUCUUCCCCACAUUGAAGCUUGAGAAAAGAUUAUGCCUCAUUGCUUCAUUCAUCAAGCCAUUGAGGCCCUCCGUUACCACUAAAUGGUGCAGGCACGAGGUAGCUGGUGUAGUGACAGAGGUGGGAAGCAAAGUAGAAAAGUUCAAAGUUGGAGACAAGGUUGGUGUGGGAUGCUUGGUUGAUUCCUGCCGCACCUGCCAGAACUGUGAUGACAAUCUUGAGAAUUAUUGUCCUCAAUAUACGCUCACAUAUGGUGCCAAAUAUAGAGAUGGCACCAUCACAUACGGAGGCUACUCUAACUCAAUGGUUGCAGAUGAGCAUUUUGUGAUUCGCAUUCCUUAUAGCUUAGCACUUGAUGCUGCUGCACCUCUUCUUUGUGCUGGCAUCACUGUGUAUAGCCCUCUCAGAUAUUAUGGACUUGACAAGCCUGACCUACAUGUUGGUGUGGUUCGUCUCGGUGGACUAGGCCACAUGGCAGUCAAGUUUGCCAAAGCUUUUGGAGCUAAGGUCACAGUAAUAAGUACAUCACCUAGUAAAAAGGAUGAAGGAAUACAACAUCUUGGAGCUUUUUUUUUGGAUAGCAAAGGUAGAUUUUAUUAG